CUUGCUAUAGUAGCGAUACGUUUUCCAUUAUUGCAAUCAUCCCCACUCACUGACAGCGCGGAGGAUUAACAUGAUGAAGCUUCUUCCCAAGAGUUGUAGUUCCGUGCGCGUUGCCGGCGGGCGGCGCAAGAGAGACGUCGCUGAAACUGAGCAUCCAAUGAGCUUCCACACACGGUUCCCAGAGGCAGCGAACUGGCGUUGUAAAAGGAGGAAAAAAAGCGAGAGCUGCGCUGUAGGUAAGAGCUCCGGGAGCUGGAGGUAGAUCGGUGCCAUUGCAAGGAACUGUGUAGCGGAGGGUUUUCUUCAGUGAGCCCGGAGUUUAGUGCGGGAAGCAGCCGAGGCGGCACGAUCGGAGACCUUUCCCUUUGGCUUUACAUGCAGGAUUUCUGUCGACAUAGCUGCAGAAAUUGUCAUUCUGGAAAACUGGGGAUUCUUACAAGUUUAUUAACCAGUCCUAAAAGGAGAAAAUGGUGAAGCAGAUGACUAGGUGCCUUGUGGUUCUCUGCACAAUAUCAGCGAUUGGAUAUUAUUCAUCAGAAGGCUCGUCUGUGGGUUUGGAUGCCACGCCAAGGAUAACUGUGGCCUACAAUGAAAUCUCUGAUUUGAGGAGGUUCAGCAGCAGAGUAUCAAAUUAUAGCACCUUGCUACUGGAGGAUGAAAGGGGGAUUUUGUAUGUUGGGGCUAGAGGUGCCAUCUUCUCGCUCAAUUCCAGCAACAUAUCACAGAGAUACCAGAAAGCAAUCCCGUGGGAAGUUACUGCACAAAAGCACGAAGAAUGCAUGAAAAAAGGCAAAAACAACCAGACAGAGUGCUUCAACCAUAUAAGGCUUCUGCUUCGAUUUAAUGAAACCCACCUGUAUGCCUGCGGAACAUAUGCCUUUUCUCCCCUCUGCACUUAUAUUGAUUCCAGGACUUUUGUUUUGUCUUCAGAAACUGAAGAAGGAAAGGAGAAAUGCCCUUAUGAUCCAGCAAAAGGAUACAUAAGUAUCCUAGUGGAUGGAGGAUUAUACACAGCCUCUCGCUAUGAAUUCCGUAACCUGCCUGAUAUAAGACGAAACCUCUUCCAACGAUCAUUGAAAACAGAGGAAUCCAAUUUGCACUGGCUGAAUGAUGCUGAGUUUGUGUCUGCUGCUCUAGUUCCGGAAAGCAUGAACGUUGAAGUGGGGGAUGAUGAUAAAAUCUACUAUUUCUUUAAUGAAAAAGUUGUAGAAGAAAGCUCCAGUUUCCUAGGCAGCAAGACUGCAAGUAUCGCCCGGGUGUGCAAGAGUGACCUGGGUGGCAAGAAAAUCUUACAGAGAAAAUGGACGUCAUUUUUAAAGGCAAGACUCGUCUGCUACAUGCCAUUUUACGAAGUCUUACAGAGCGCCUACACCCUGGAAUUGGGCACCUGGGAUACAACCAUUUUCUACGGGGCAUUCGUCUCGCAAUGGAAAAACAUGGAAGCCUCUGCUAUUUGUCGAUACAGCAUUUCUGAUAUCCAGAAGGUGUUUGAGGGACCUUAUAUGGAAUAUCAGUAUUCAUCUCGUAAAUGGUCUCGAUACGAAGGAGAGGUUCCCAGCCCAAGGCCAGGAUCAUGCAUCACAAAUGAAUUUCGUAGCAAUGGUUUCAACACCUCCCAGGAUCUCCCCAACAAUGUGCUAGAUUUUGUAAAACUUCACCCGCUGAUGUACGAGAAGGUGAGACCAAUUGAAGAGCAGCCGCUUCUUAUGAAGAGGAACAUCAUAUACACCAGAAUAGCUGUGGAUAGGGUUAAAGCGCUGGACAAUGUGUACUACGAUGUGCUCUUUCUUGGGACAGAUGAUGGCUGGCUUCACAAGGCAGUGGUCAUUGGUUCUGCGGUCCAUAUAAUAGAAGAAAUGCAAGUCUACAAGUUCCCACAGCCAAUUGAAAAAUUGGUGAUCUCCAAGAAACAGAACACAUUAUACAUUGGAGCACAGAGCGGUGUCCUACAGAUCCCACUGUUUGGCUGUAGCCAAUAUAUUUCAUGCUAUGACUGCAUCCUCGCCAGGAACCCUUACUGUGCCUGGGAUGGACACGUUUGCCGGGAUAUCAUUGGUGCAAAGAAUCGGUACAUAAAUGAUUGGACACAGAUGACGCAGGACAUGCAGAAUGGGAAUGGAGGAUGUUUAAACAGCACAGACGAUGGCCCUCUAAAGAAGAAGGUGCGGACAGUUAUAAAAGGGAAUGAUGUCCUUCUGCAGUGCGAUCUGAGGUCUAAUCUAGCCAGGCCUCAGUGGUAUGUUAAUGGCACCAAUAAACUAUAUAACAGCGAGGGUCACACCAGGCUGGGGGUCGAUGGUCUCUUAAUUACCGACACUCUUCCAGAGCACAGUGGCGAAUAUAAUUGUUACUCAGAAGAGAAUGGAUUGCAGUCUUUGAUAGCAGCGUAUUCUCUAAAUGUCCUCUUGGAACUACCAAAAGAGAAGAACCUUUCUACGCCAACACCCAUAAUCCAACUGCCAACAGCUGCAUCUCAGUCUUCUUCUAAUAUUCAAUUCAUCUACAUUUCCACAAUCACCAUUCUCGGUGUGUUGUGCAUGGUCCUCUCUGUUGUGUUAUUAUAUGUGUCGUGCCAGCAGAAAAAGAAGGGCAAGUACGCAGUGAGAAACUCUCGCUCCUUAAAUGUUGAGCUUCAGACCGUAUCAUCUCAGUUUAAAGAAAAGGCAGAGGAGUCGAACAGUUAUUCUGAUGGGUGCCUGCAGAUCAUUCCUGGAGAGGCAUCAACAAUGUCUCCCCACAAAGACAUGCCUCCGCCCCCACCUCCACCACCUCCACUGCCCUCUGAGUUUACCAAUGGAAUCAGCACCCUACCCAACAUGCUACGGAAAAUGAAUGGUAACAGUUAUAUGCUUCUUAGACAGAAUGAGGAAUCCAGCCUCCCCUCGUACAAUUCUUUCACAGAGGAACUCAGCAAGAUCCUAGAGAAGAGGAAACACACACAACUGGUUGAAAAAUUGGAUGAAAGUUCUGUGUAGUAGACGCUCAAUAGAACUAAAGAACUAAACCACACCUACCUCAAUGACAAUUUUUUAAAAACGAUAUUUUAUAAUAUAUUAUUUUUAUUUUAACCCACAUUACAUAUUAAAAAAAAAAAACAUUUAAGCAUCACAAGUAUAAAAUAAUCACAUCAGUUUGGAAAACAUUGCCUUUUACACCCCCAGCUUUGCUGAAUAAAUGAAGAACUCAUGGGAAGGAUUGGGCAUGUCCUGUUGAAGCAGAAACCUGGAUCUUGUUUUGUUUGGAAAAAAGUUUGGCCAAAAUCUACAACAGGACACUAUGACUGGGUUCAGCGAGAGACCCAAAAAAAUUUAAAAAAAAAAGAUGAAUGAAGAAAUAUUUGAAUGGAGUCAGUGGGGCACAUUUAUCAACACUGGGCAAAUUUGCCCAUGGGCAGUUACCUAUAGCAACCAAUCAGUGGUUAGCUUUUUGAAACCAGCUUCAAGUAGAACAAUGAAUGCAGCAAUCUGAUUGGUUACCGUGGGUUACUGCCCAUGGGCAAAUGUGCCCAGUGUUGAUAAAUGACCCCCAUUGUCUUGUUUUGAGGGGAUUCCGAAACCACAUGGAUAUGAGGAGAGUGCACAUCAAACAUCACUGGAGCUGAAAGAAGCAAAUUAAUAGAGAAACCCCCGAACCUCUUGAGAGCUGGAUUUGUACCAGAGAUGGGAACAUCUUACAGAAAUGUCGACCAUGACAGUGGGUGAACCUCUUGUGUGCUGGAUUUGCUGAGAGCUUCAUCCACUUAAAGAAAUUGGAUAUCAGAAGUGACGACCAUUAAUGAUGUGUCCCAGCCCUGUUAACAGCAUUUUUCAUCAAGUUACAAGACAUGGUCCUAUCAACUUAAAGGAAGGAAUUCUCUUAUCAGCCACCUGCAGAUUGUUCUUGCCCGUGUCUAUUCCCCCAUUUUAUUCCUCUGGGUACCAGGACUGGGGUGACAAUAUGAUACAUCCCGAGAGAUGGAAAACUAACCUCCAAAUGGAAAAAAAAAAGUUUUAUAGAUCUAUAUUUUAAUAUGAUGUGCUCUCCACUUGAUUUUGGGCCAUAGUAUGCAUGGCUGGAUUCAGGGAUAGGCCAACAUGGCUAGAAGGAAGGGCUAGUACUUUCAGUUUGUUGAGAUUAAUGCAACAUGAUUGAGCUUUCUUUGUCCAUAAUAUGCACUGAGACAGGCUGAAGAACUGCAUCACUUUUAGAGAUAGUCAAUGACUGCAGUGAGACUACUACUAGUAGCAGAUAUGACCUAUGCUGGGGGGGGUAUAUUUUGUGCCCCGUUCUUAUUUUCCUUCUCCAUUUUAUUGUUUUAUUUACCCAUUUUCAUUAUCCUUGCUUGUUCCCUCGCUUCUCUAUUCACCCCUUCUCAUAAUAUUCUACUCCUUUCUUUUCCAUUGGUUUGUGUCUUUGGUAUUCUAACAUGGGCCAUGGGAGUCAUUUAAUGAUCUUUUUAUCCGAUGAUCUCCUAGAGUUUUCUCUUGGCAAAGGCAGGACCAUGAGCCAUUGCCAUCACUCCAUCAACUGCUUUUUUUACUCUGCCUUUCUGGGGGUCGUAGAGAAGGGAUAAUUUUAUGUUUUCAUUUUUGUUUCAGACGGGUUUUGAAUAGGGUUGCCACCUUUACUGAAAAAAAUAACCAGCCGGUGGGGGGCGGGUACAAAAAGGAGGCGGUGCAUGAUGCAAAAAGGGGUGGGGCUAUGCAGCGUGACGCAAAAUGGGGCGGAGCAACAUUGCGGCGAUGUCAAGAACACUGCAAAAAAAAAGAUAAAUUCUGCGCGAAUUGGGGGCAGGCCGAGGGCUUUUUUUUAAAGGGUAUUACAAAUUACCGGCAACUGCAUUGUCGGUAAAUUUGUAAUACCGGCCCUGGCCUUGGCAGGCCGGGUGGCAACCCUAGCUUUGAAACAUGUAAUUAUUGAUCUUAUUAGUGGUGCUCAUAAGCUCCAUUCGUCACUAUCAUCUACAGUGUAAUUCAUAAUUAGACUUACUGCCCCUCACCCCUAUUAGUUUUGGUCUUGUGUGGGGCUUAAAGAGGCAGUACACCCCCUUGGCUUUUGCUGAACAUACUUUUUGCCUUUUGUUUUAAUUUUGAAAAUCAUUUUUUUUUUUUUGUUAUUUCUUAAGCCAAACAGGGAAACUGAAGCUACUCCAUGUUUGGUCCUUGCAAGGUAGAGUUUGAUUCUGAACUCACAGAGAUUUCCAGAUUAAUAUCCUUCUCCUUAUUUGUGCACUGGGGAUAUAAAAAUCGACCUUACAUAGUAUAGCGUCCGUUUUACUUGUUUAGCUUAAUAAAAAAUGUCAUGUCACAAUAGGCAAAAUGUAUGUUCAGUUAAAGCCCUAUUAUACUGAAGCUAAAUAAGGGGUGUUUUCCUUUUAAGGUCCUGACCAUGCAGGCACAGCUGACCUGUUCUGUACUUUACAAAUGUUGUUUAUUCCCUAUAUUUACAGUGAACCCACACUAUGGUUUAUGUACGAGUCAAAUAUAAUAUAUCACUGCUAGUCUCACACACAUUUUAGUCUAUUUAGUGCUUAAUUGGUUUACCACACACAUUGCAACAACAUGAUCUGCUGGCGGAUCCUGCAAAUGUUUUAACAGUAACAGAAUUUUCUUCAACUUUUACUUGCACCGUGGUACAUGUGCCAAAACAGAUGUAUUUACUGAGCUGCAUUUACAUUCAUUACCUCUGAACUGCAGUAUUGAUCCAUUUGGGACACCCAGCUGGACACAAUGGCAGCAUAUCCUUGCAUGAAGUUGUCCAGCAUAGAUUUAUAAAUAUGGCGUAGCAAGUAGGGCAUGAGCAUGUAUUCCCCUUCAAGUUGUCAG